ACAGUAUUGAGCGGUGCAGUUCAUGUAUAACGAGGAUUUUACGUUAUCAGAACUAAACCAAAAUUUUCUGAAUUACUGAAUUAUGGGCGCAUUUGAUUCACAACUGAAUUAACUUUAAAACGGUUUAAACUUCAAAACGGUGUUUUGAUUUGACGAGUCAGUCCCAUUGUCUAGGUCCUAGGAUGCUAAAACUAUUAGAAAACUGGUGUCUUUAAUCUUUUGGAAGUACACUCUGACCCUUAACACAGGUACAGCAGUCUGGCAGUACUGCAGUAUCGUAUUCAUCUGGACACAGACUAAAUAGCGAAAUAACGGCCAGUAGUCCACUCUUUGCUUCAGGAUGAUUUUACUAUCUGAAAUCUCAUGACAAUGCAAUGAAUGCAGCUGAUUCUCAAAGUCGUUCAGCUGAUUUUUCCGAGAACACCGAACAAAAUAAUGCCGAGGAUAUAUCAGAAAUACAAAACGGAGAAUUUGAUGCCAGUGAACCAGACUCUGUUACUAAUCAUAUAGAAACGAAAGAAUCCCACCAGGAUGCUGAUCUCCAGGAGGAUAGUUCAUCCAGUGAAGUCGGCAAAGCUUCAUCAAAUGUUGAAGAAAGCUACACUGGUUCAGAUGCACUUAACUUGUCAUCUUUCAAAGAAUAUGAAGAUUGCAAUGAUAUUUUGACUCUAAUUCCUACAAGAAUACAACAUGGAUUUAGGAAUAUUGAUGUUAAAAUCCUAUGUUUGGAUGCUUCAAAAAGUCAUCUAUUAUUUGGAUCCAAUGCUGGAUGUGGAUUUUUGUAUAACAGAGAGACAGGAGGAUUUAUUAAACUUCUUAGUGAGAACAAAGGUGAUGUUAUUUCCUCUGUGAAACUUUUUGUUGGAAUUGAAUUUCAAACUGCUCUUGGUACAGAAGAGGGAAGAAUUACUCUUGUGAUUUUUCCUAAUGGAUCAACAAAUUCUACUAGACAGGUUAAAAAAUUUUCUCUUGGUAAAGUUCAUCCAGCUGAAAUAACAUGUAUGGAAUGGAGUAGCAAUGGAAUGAAAUUAUACACUGGUGAUAGAAAAGGAAAUAUUUAUUUGAUCGAAAGAGAUUUUGAAAAGGACAAGUGCAAUGUUAUUCUCAUUCAUUCGGAGCGGCAAGCAAUUGUUGAUUUAUCGUACAGGCACAUGAUAUUACUAAUUUCUACAACAGAGCGAACUGUACUUCUACAUACAAAUAAAUCGAAAAAUGAAGGAUUGAAACCUAUAGGAUCAAAACCUUUUAGAAGUGGAUGUUUCGGUUCCUGCUUCAAUCCUGAUUCUCUAUCUGCUUCUGAUUUGCAAGUAUUCUGUACCAGACCUGGAUAUAGAAUAUGGAUUGCUGACACUGAAGGACGAGUAACAAACACGUUGUUGUUAAAAGACCUUGUGUCCUCGGCUCAUCCCAAAAUAAUUUUACAGUUGGAAGAGGCUCAAAAUAACAAGGAUUCUCAAUUCAGAAAAUUAUUAUUUUUUCAGGAAUACUUGCUAUCUUAUUCAGAAACAUCACUAUUCUUGAUUGAUCACACGAAACCUUGUCUUAUCGCAAGUAAUCAAGAGAUGUCAAUUAUCUUAGACGUAGCUGUGAGUACAGAUGAAAUUUUUGUUUUGAGCAAAGAUCGACAACUUCAUAGAAUUUCUGAACAUCCUGAUGAAGCUGCAAUUAAGUUGAAACGUUCAAACAAUGAAGAAAAGAAAAAGGAUGGACAGAGUAUAAAUUUACAGGACGUCAAAUCAUCCUUUACGGAAAUGAAGAAGAAUCUCACACCAUUUGUUGGAGUUUUACAAUCAAGAAUGUCCAGUUUAAAUGAGGGUGCAGGACAAUUAUCACAAAGAAUACAGUCUCAGGCUAAAGAACUUCAAAAGAAACUUCCUGUUGUGGCGACAACACUAUUCACUAAGGAUGACAAAAAUAUUAACCCACCCUCAGAUAUUCGAAAACCAAAUGUCACUGAAGAAUCUGUGAAUGAUAAUGAUAACAAAACUAAAGACAUAAAUACAGAAGCAGAAAAUUCAGAAACUUGCCAUGAAGACAUGGGUAAUUCAAACAAGUUGACUAGUACAAGAAACAAUGAUAAUGACAAUACAAAUGAUUCCUCUUCAAAAACUGAAUGUCAAAUAAUGUCUUGCUAUGAUUCAACGGUUCCGAUAUUGGACCCAAACAUGUUGAAGAAGCCUGAAUUACUUAAUAAAAAAAUGGUGCUUGGAUCAAAAAGUUUGGAUCAAGAUUUUUUACAUUCUCAAGGCCACCCGGAAUUAUUGAACGAUACUGAGGAUAGACCUCAAUCACCGGUGAAAUUUCAUUUUGAUAAACUUGAUAAAAUUGCAUCAGAAGAUGGAGGAGAAAUUGUAUUCGUGUCUAAAAGAAAGAAGAAAUCAAGAUCAACUUCAACGUCGAGUGGGAAACAAACAAUAAUCACUCAAGAGAAAACUGAUAUUGUUGAAAAGCAAAGUUCACAACCCGCUGUAGAUCACAAUAUUUCAUAUGAAGACAGGAAAAGUGACCUUCCUGGUUUGAAGGUUGAAGAUCAAAGUUCACAAGCCACUGUAGAUCACAAUACUUUGUAUGAAGACAGGUGCUCUGGUCUGAAUGAUGACUCUGUAAUUUCAAUACAAGAUCAUGAAAAUACUAACGCUAGUAGUGGUGGAAUGUCGUCUACAGGGAAAAAUGAAGAUCUUAUUGUUGUAAUGCAUAAAACAACUGGGAAUCAGUUAUGUCCAAAAGUUGUUCAGUCACCAAAAAUUGAUUCUACAGAUUUUGACUUCUCUACAUCUAAGCUUGCAUCACUAAACUUGUCGAGAAUCGAAGAGGUCCAAAUUACUUCAGAACGCACUAACUCAGAUGAAAGAAAUAACUGUAAAGAAGAAUUUCUACCAAAGCAAAAAAGCGAGCAAAAAAACGCAAAUUGUACUAUUUUAAAACCAGAAUCUGGUCUUGAUGAUUCAACAUCAGAGUUGAAAACUUCACCGAAGGUUGCAAGUAUUUCUGACAACGCUGUCAGCACUCCUUUUCUUCUGGAUAGUGACUUUAUCUCAACAGCUGUUGUAAAAUCAAAGCAGGAGCCAUUGUUUUCUGACUCUGAGGACUCACUCAAUGAAAGGGUGAGUGAGAGUCAAACACAUAAUGAUAGAAACACUCAAAUUGCUUCCAGUAUUGAUGAUAUUUAUAGAAUAGAAGACGGAUCUGUGGAUUUUGGGAGUGAAAUUGAGACUGAUUCAGAUAACUCAUAUGAGACCCCUGUAUUACCUACUGUUGUGCGAAAACAAAUCAGUGUGGCAUCCUCUACCCAGAGUUUUACAAGUUGUUUUGGAGAUACAGUUCCUGUUAAAUUAUUAGACAGCUGGUCGGCUACAAAUUUGCAACAUCAAGUUGUCAGUGUUUCAGGAUCAGAUUCCUUCAUCUGGUUUAUUGAUAGCAGUAAUCAUAUAUACAUAGCAGAGGAGAUUGCAUUUGAAAUGUUUAAUGUUAAGUGGAAAAAACUUGCCAAGAAGGGAGUGCAAUUAUGCGUAUCACCAAGUGGUGCUGUAGCUUGGCUUGUUACCAAAGGUGGAAAUGUGUAUGCUGCUGUUAUGCCAGUUGAUUUCCAGUCACUAGAGGAACCCAUUAAAUUAUUCUGGCAAUUCGUAAGCAGUGAAGUGAAGUAUGCUACUCUCGGUCAUGAUAGUGCGUGGGUUGUAUCGAAUGGUGGAAAUGUUAAAGUUCAAUUUGGAAUUUCAAGAUCAAAUCCUUUUUCUAAAAGUUGGGAUGUAGUGCCCUGGAAUUUAGAAAAGAUCAGUCAUAUUACAUCUACGAGGUCAACAAUUUGGUGCAGAACUGAGAAUGGUCAAAUAUUUGCUGCAGAAUUGAGUUCUAUUGAUUCGAGUGAUUUUUCUUGGGAACCAGUUGAUCUCCCAUUCAUCAGAGAUGGACAUCAGUCCUCUAUACAAUCUAUAACAAGCGACUAUAGAAAUACCAUCUUUGCUGUGGAUGACAAAGGAAUGCUGUGGUUUCUGACUGAGGAUAGAAAUUGGUGGCAGGUCAAUGUGAGCGAAUAUAUUGACGAAGGCCAACAUCUUCUAUCACAUACUACAUUACAUGCUUUGCCUGCCAGUGUGUCUAUGUCAGUACAUAAGGUUCAGAGAUGGAUGGCUGGAUUGGUGCGAGCACAACAUGUUGCAGUUAACAAUCAGUCUAUUUGGAUUGUCCACGAUAACCAGAAAGUCAAUAUUGCCAGAGGACCGUUAACUGGUUGUAGAUGGGAUAUCACCACUCCCCUUGGAGUUGCAAAAUCUUCCAAGUGGCAACAUAUCACAACAUCAUCUAUAUUUUCAGCAGAUUAUGGGAAUUGGAUUGGUUUGGUGUGGGCGUCUCGACCUAAUGGGGAGAUAUUUUGCUUUCCCUCACAAGAUGUUGCUACUACACACGCAGUAACUCUUAUUACACCGGUAACUGACAAAGUAACAAUUUCUUGUAUGUCUGCGUGUAAGGAAGCAUUGUGGGUUUUACAUGAUGAUGGUACGGUUUAUAUUAGAUCAGGAAUUUCUGCAGAUUGUUUGGAUGGAACAGAGUGGAAUAAACUUGAUACAACCGAACAGUUGGGAAAAACAAAACUUGUGUACUUGAGUUGCGGAACUCAAAACGUUUGGGCUGUUGAUUCCAGUGGUCUGGUAUAUUUUCGAAUCGGUGUUGCAGCAGUAGAUAGACAUUCCCUUCCACCUGCAUGGAUUCCAAUAGAAGGUUGCCAAGUGUCAGGACGAAAAUUUAUACAGAUAGAGUGUGGUCUUUCUGAUGGCAGUGUGUGGGCAUUAGAUGAUGCAAAUAUUGUUUUUGUUCGCACUGGAGUUUCAUUCACUUUGCCGGUCGGUGAUAAGUGGGAAGAAGUUCCAGGUUCUCAUGCUCAACAAAUCUGUAUAAGUAAUCACACCGUAUGGGGAUUGAGAAUUGGUGGCAAUUUGAUCAGAAGAUAUGGUAUAUCUGAUAGAAAUCUUAUUGGUGAUUACUGGAAAAAAGUAAAAGGAAAAUUCAACAGAAUCGCAGUUACACCUUAUGAUGAAUUAUGGGCUAUCGACCACGACCAACGAUUACGUCAUCAAUUUACAUCUAUCUACUCCCCUCUAGUGGUAGAGGCACAAUAUAAAAUGGAUUCAAUAGAUGUUGGACAUGAUGCUAAUGUUGAUUUCGACUUCCCAAUGCAGGAGAAAUCAGACAAUGAUUGGGAAAUGAUUUAGUCUUAUUUGAUCAAUUAUAUAAGACCUCACUUUGUAAUGAAAUGCAGGACACUAUCUAGUACACUAUGCAGUAUCUUUUCAAAAGAAGUUUUACGGGAGGCAUUUUCGAGAACAAUUCGUAAUUGAAACAUAUUUUGUUUUAGUCAUCUAUGGGUUAAAAUCAAUCAAUUGCUUCUAAGCUAUAUUUUGUAAAUAAAUAUGCUAUAUUUUCAUUAACUCAUAAUAUCUGAACCAAACCCAAUAUUUUAUUAUUCAAAUAUUCCCUUUAUUUUUUACCUUAUUAUGUUUCACUUAGGAGUCAUCCCUUAAUACUUAAAAUCUGGAGACCUAUGAGAGACUAAUGACUUGGUCAUCAAGCAUUGAAACCCCAAUGUAACGAUUUAAUAGACAAAAAUAUUUACAUGGAGAAAUAUUUACUAAAAUAAAGAAAAUUAUUGAGCCAAAUUUUCAAAUUUACUGUAUGGUUUUAAGAACUAUACAUGUACAGUAAUAGUCGGAAAUUACAUCGGUAUUAAAAUACAUUCUGACACAAAUGAAAAUUUAUAAUGUUACCUACAUGAGUCGAAAGUUACCUCUGAACAGCCUUUUGCAAACAUGUUCAAGUGAUCUAGUGAAAGGAUUCCUGCAUUGAUGAAUCUUAUGAUUAAAAUAAGUUUUAGAACUUUUGCAAGUAAUUGCUGAUAGUUUCAUGUUAUGCCUUUAACAACUGUAAUUACUUUCUAUUGUGUUAAUUAUUUUUGCAUUUUAUUCAUAUUUUAUUUUCUGUAAAUUAAUGAUUUUAUUUUUUCAAAUUUUUUUUCAAUUACCUGUUUCUGUAAUUUACAUUUAUCAUUGUUAUAUCAUUUUUUAUUGCUAACCUAUAUUGAUAUAUUAUUAUCUAUAACUUUUUUAUGCACAGUCGGCGUCAGUAUUUUGAAAUGUUGAUGAUAAGCAGUGUUUUCUUCAAUUUUUUUGUUUGUUUUAUUCUCCUGUACUAAGGCAUUAAGUUUUUUUUCGCACAAUUCCUAGUUUUGGUAAAUGCGGGAAAGUGCACUAAGAUCAUAUACUGGUGCUGUUAAUUUUGGGGUUAAAACAAAUUAGUAUUCACCCCAACUAACCUAACCCCAUUUGGACAUCGUUAAUUAGGGUCAAAAUUAUAGUGACUAAACUCAUUUGCUACUCAAUUUUGCAAGGCUUCCGUAGUUUCAGUUAAUAAAUCUAUGACAAAUUAAUUCAAAGAUUUUGACUUUAAUUCAUGCCCUGGAAAUUACUGAAAUUGGUAUCCAAACCUGACCACAGCUCUGUGUAGUAGUCAGUACAUUCAUUUUUAAGGUUCUAGCUAUCCUUUUUCUGAUUAUUAUUUCUUUAAAUGUUAUGCAAAUAGUUGAUCUUAGAAACAGGACGCAUACUAACCAGCUAAUGAUAUUUUUUUAUCACUGUUGAUUAAUGAAGUCAUAUGUCUAUGUGCAAUCUAUUCAAAUAUUAGCUGUUAAAAACUAUGAAA